AUGCCCGGGUAUAACACAUGGGUUUCAAGCCCUUCCUGGUACGGUAUGAAUUGGAAGAGCAUUGACCCAUCGAAUGAUCCAAAUAAUAAAAUGGGCCUGCCGACGAAUAGAAUGGGUCUCAAUUCAGACUCGAAGCGUACUGUGCAGAAGUUCUGGCGGCAGCUCGAUGAUUUCCAUUCCUUGACUGACCUCAAGAUAGCGGUCUCGUCGCACAAGGAACCUCAGAUAACGGCGGGGCUGCGCUCUGUGUGCUGGAAGAUCUUCUUGCUAUUCAAGUCCCUAGAUCGUUCGACAUGGCCAACACAGCUCACCGAGACGCGGUCUACGUACAACUCUCUUCGAUCCCACUACCUCCGUGCUAUACAACACCCAGAUGAGUUUGAAUCUUCCGUAGAUCCGCUGAGCGAGAAUGAAGAGUCCCCCUGGGUCGCGCUUCGAGCCGACGAAAACCUACGCGCGGAGAUCUUCCAAGACAUCGAGCGAUGCAUGCCGGACAAUGUGUACUUUCGGCAACCUGCUACGCAGAACAUGAUGCUGGAUGUCCUGUUCGUCUUUUGCAAGAUGAACGAGAACAUUGGCUAUCGACAGGGCAUGCACGAGAUCCUGGCGCCCAUCCUGUGGGUCGUCGAGAGGGAUGCCGUCGACCGCACUGGCCCCGAGAACAGGAGCUCGAAUCGUGCAUACGCGGAGAUUCUUGACUCGAAGUACAUUGAGCAUGACACGUACACCCUGUUCACACUGGUAAUGAGGACUGCCAAAGAGUUUUACGCACCUGCGGAGAGUGGCGCCGCGAGUAAGGACACGCCCAUGCUGAUUCGAAGUUCGCGGAUCUUCGAUCGGUAUCUCCCGAAGGCGGAUCCUGCUCUAUCAGAGCAUCUAAUCAAACUCGAAAUUGUACCUCAAAUCUUUCUUUUACGAUGGAUUCGUCUUCUGUUCGGUCGAGAGUUCCCUCUAGACUCUGUCUUGAAAAUGUGGGACGCGCUGUUCGCUAUAGAUUCGACACUCGAACUUGUAGACAUGAUAUCUGUCGCCAUGCUCUUACGCAUUCGGUGGAAGCUUAUCGCCUCUGACACCAACGAGGUUUUUACUCUUUUGUUAAGAUACCCAGAGCCCGAUGCACCUGCAUACACAUUCAUCAAAGAUGCCCUAUAUCUUCGCGAUCACUUGACUCCGGAAGGAGGGGCGGAGAUCAUCACACGCUACGGCCAGAAGGCGCCGCCGAUUGAGAAGAAAGCACCAGAGGAAAGGAUACCCUCGCCACCCCCUUCAUUUGCGUCCAGCCGGACGAGACCAGCCAUUGGAUCGCCACGUUCCUUCAUGGCACAGCAAUCUGGAGGCAUCGAGUCACUACUUCAGAAUGCUGCAAAGGGGGUCUUGGAUCGAGGUUCUCAGUGGGGUGUGGGAAAAGCCAUUCGGGAUGCAGUGGGCGAGGUCAAGAAGAAUGUAGAGGCCAUACAAUCGGGACCAGCGUCCGGCCAAACGACUCCUCGAUCGGGUGGUCGCGAGUUCAGGAGACCAGCCCCGAUUGGAACCGCGCAAGAUACAAGGGCACAGCUGGGCGUGGCAACGAAGAGAAUCGAGGCACUUGAAAAGAGGAACAAGAACCUUGCUGAGAUGCUCGAGGGCGCUGUUGGGUCGCUAUGGGAAUACCACAAAAAUCAAAGCGACACGCCGAAAGAGGACAAGAAGGACAUGAAAGAGCAGAUGGAAUCGCUCAGCCUUGCCAUUGCAAAGGUACAAUUCGUCCAGGUCUAUCUCGAGGACUCUUCCAUCCCGCUCCCAACCGAAGACCCAGCAUCAGGCACAGUGUCCCCGAAGCCAACAACUACAGCCCCGAUACCAGAGAGAACGAGUAGUGCCCCGCCUGCAAGUAGCCCGACACGAUCGAGGCAGUCGAAAGCAAAAGCGACGGCGGCGCCUGCCCCAGCAACUCCCAGAGUCUCGAGUCCCGUUCAGCAAGAGCAGCCGAUGUCGCCACCGGCUCAACCCCCAACAGCGGCGUCAGCGGCGUCACUCUCCCCACGCUCGCGCCCACUCUUGACAUCCUCCAAUUUCUCAUGGAUGCUGGGCGGGGGUGGUGACGUAGAGCCCGCACGCUCGACGUUCGCCAAGGCAUCGGAACAUACGGCAUUCCCGUCUGACGAGAAGCGACGCAUGAGGGGCAACAUGGGCAAGGGAUAUCUCUUCGGCGACGAAGAAGAAGACGACACAGCUGCGCCCAAGGGGCAAGGGAAGAGAGGGAGCGUGUCCGGGAAGGGCGCGAAGAAAGGCAAAGAGCCUGCGGAAAUGGAAGUCGAAGAAGAGAUCAUAGACCUCGAGGAUGUUGGGAAGAGUCGGGCUGUCAGUUGA